CCCCGAGACGCCGCCGCCGCCGCUUUAACGGUCCGCGAACGAAGGGCGAGGCCGCCGGCGCCGCCGCCCGAGCGAGGCGGGGGCCAGAGCCGUCUCUUCCCGGCCAGGCCAGCGGCGGCCAUGGCCCGCGGCGGUGAAGAGGAAGGCCGCCCGCCCGAACAGGCCGCCUCGCCUCCGGAGGCCUCCCAAGGCGUCGGUUCUGGGCGCCCGGCGCCUCCUCCUGCUCGGGUGCCGCGGCUGGGCCUGGCCCUGGCCUUCCUGGCGGCGCUGUUGGCGGCCAAAUACUACCGGGACGCGGAGGCCGCCCGGCGGCAGGAAACAGCCCUGAAAUCUCUGGGAAAUGAGGGACUUUUCCUCUUCUCUUCCCUGGAUACUAACAAUGAUUUGUUCAUCAGUCCUGAGGAAUUCAAGCCAAUUGCAGAGAAACUGACUGGCAUGGUUCCUGUGUCUGGCACUGAGGAGGAAGAGGUGACGGAUCCCAAUGGGGAGACAAUCUCCAUCCUUGCAAAAUUCCAGCCUCUGUUGAUGGAAACCAUGACAAAGAGCAAAGAUGGCUUCCUUGGCAUUUCCCAUGUAGCCUUUACUGGGCUCCGCAACUGGACAGCUCCUGCUUCUCCUCUCAGUGUGAAGUUUGCUCGACAAUUCAAGGCGUUUCUUCCCCCAAAGAAUAAGUUGGAACUUGGUGACCCAUGGUGGAUCAUUCCCAGUGAACUAAACAUCUUUACCGGAUAUCUUCCCAAUAAUCGUUUCUACCCUCCAGCUCCCAAAGGCAAGGAGAUCAUCAUUCACAAGCUCUUGAGUAUGUUCCACCCGCGGCCAUUUGUGAAAACUCGUUUUGCUCCUCAGGGAGCAGUGGCCUGCAUUCAAGCUGUGGCAGAGUUCUACUACAAAAUAGCCUUCAGAAUCCAUGCAGAAUUCCAAUUGAAUGAGCCUCCAGAUUUCCCAUUCUGGUUUUCUCCUGCUCAAUUCACGGGCUACAUUGUCCUCUCAAAGGAUUCUUCCCAUGUUCGAGAGUUCAAGCUAUUUGUCCCUAAUAACAGGUCUCUCAAUGUAGAUAUGGAAUGGUUAUACGGUGCGUUAGAGAGCAGCAACAUGGAGGUGGAUAUCGGAUACUUGCCUCAGAUGGAGCUGGAGUCUCUGGGACCAUCUACCCCUUCGGUGAUUCAUGAUGAAAAUGGGAAUGUGAUUGACAGCAGAGAAGGAGAACCAAUUCAGUUUAUUUUUGAAGAGAUUUCCUGGCAGAGAGAAAUAAGCUGGGAAGAAGCAUCUGGGAAACUGGAAGUGGUCAUGUAUCCAUUUAAGAAAGUUUCCUACUUUCCCUUUACCCAGGCUUUCGAAAAGGCCAAGUCUGAGGGUAAACUUGUUCAUUCCAUACUCUUGUGGGGAUCCUUAGAUGAUCAGUCAUGCUGAGGUUCAGGGCGAACUCUCCGGGAAACAGUCCUGGAAAGUUCGCCCAUCCUUGCAUUCCUGAAUGAGAGUUUCAUCAGUACCUGGUCGUUGGUGAAGGAGUUGGAAGAUUUACAGGAUAAACAGGACGAGAUCACCAGUAAACUUGCAGCCCUUCAUCUUGAAAAGUAUAACUUCCCUGUGGAGAUUAUGAUCUGCCUGCCCAAUGGCACUGUGGUUCACCACAUCAAUGCCAACUAUUUCCUGGAUAUUACUUCUAUGAAGCCUGAAGAAGUUGAGAGCAGCAUCUUUAGUUUCUCCUCUGGUUUUGAAGACCCCUCGACAGCAACUUAUCUCCAGUUCUUGAAGGAAGGACUUCAGAAAGCCAAAUCCUACCUGUAGCCCCCCCCCCCCCAAGACCCAGAAGCAAAUAAGGGUUCCUCCUACACCCUAAUGAGACAGUUCUUGCUUCUUGUCCUUUUGGAGCUCAGGACUAACACAGUAUUGAAGAACAAAUGUAUGUAUGUAAAUGAAAACUCGCCAAACCAGUAAGUGUUCCUUGGAAAUAUGACGUCUGAAAUUACCUGAAUAAUGUGAAGGAAGCUGCCCAGAUAUCUUUCUUAGUUGGUAAAUGGUGGGAUUAUUCUGAAUCCAGACAGGCUACAGGAGACAGAGCUUGAGAGGCAAUAUAGUGCAGUGUUUCUCAACCUUGGAAGCUUGAAGAUGGGUGGACUUCAACUCCCAGAAUCCCGCUGGCUGGGGGAUUCUGGGAGUUGAAGUCCACCCAUCUUCAAGCUACCAAGGUUGAGAAACACUGAUAUAGUGCAAAGGGUGGAGACAGAUUCUGAGACUGCAAUGAGGUACCAGCAGGUUGCAUUUUUAACUCCUUUGGUGCAGUUCUCCAUUAAAACUUGGUGAGUUGAUUCCCGAAUGAGAUGCCAUCGUUUCUACAUCAAACUAGUCCCUUUUAGGAUCCUGAAUGUAUACUAUAUGGUUUUACGCUUUAGGAGUCUUAAAUUGCUCUUUGGUGUCAGAGGACCUCAGGAAGCCAUAUAUGUAUCUUUAAGUCAGUGGUGAAAUGUAAAAUUUGUUACUACCGGUUCUGUGGGUGUAGCUUGGUGUGAGGGUGGGUAAUGUGACGGUGGGCGUGGCCACUUUUUUUUUUUUUAACUUUUAAAACCAUUUUUUCUACAACCUCUUCGGCCGAAGAGAUUGUAAAAAAAUGCUUUCAAAGGCCUCUGAUGAUCCCAGCUGAGUUGCCUGAUCGGCAGAGGCUUUUUUUUCUUUUAAAAGCCUCUGACGAUUCCAGCUGAGCCACGCGAUCACCAGAGGCAUUUUUUAAAAAAACUUUUAAAAGCAUUUUUUUCAGCCGAAGAGGUUGUAGAAAAAAUGCUUUUAAAAAUUUAAAAAAAACAGCCUCUGAUGAUCGCGCGGCUCAGCUGGGCAUGGGGGGGGGCAAGGAUUUUUGCUACCGGUUCUCCGAACCACCCGCCGCCAUCGCUACCAGAUCGGGCGAUUCAGUCCGAACCGGGAGCAUUUCACCCCUGCUUUAAGUUCAUAAAUACCAGGCUGUAUCUGUAUCUGUGUGUCUCUUGCUGAUGUUUGCAGGAUCCAUUUGUUUGAUGCUGUUAUGUGAGUCAUUCCCUUAAUCCAGAGUUUCCCAAUUUGUUACCCUCCAAGGCAGAGAUCUCCAACCUUGGCAACUUUAAGCCUGGAGGACUUAAAUUCCCAGCUUUGCUGGCUGGGGGUUUCUGGGAGUUGAAGUCCUCCAGGCUUAAAGUUGCCAAGAUUGGAGAUCCCUGCUCCAAGGUGCUGCACCAGGACAAUACCCUCCUGACUGGGAAUUGUGUGAGUUGUUGUCUCAUCCACAAACCACCAAUGUGGUCAUCCUCAGGCCACCAAAGCCUCCACAUUCCUCUUGACUAUUCCUCUCGAGCCAGAUUUAGUCCCAAAGUCUCCGUUAAUGAAGCCGUUAACCUUUACCAUCCCAUCAAGAAUAUUGUAUCUUGCACUGCUUUAAGCACAUGCAAUAUACGAAAUGCAUUCCCAGGGAUAGUGUGCUGUCCAUCAUCAGGCCUUUGGAAGUGCUUACUAAUGCUUUUUUUUUUUUUUUUGGUCACAGAGAGCCCCAGCCACAGGAAUUUAACAGUUGUUGAUAUCCUCUCAGUUGUGAGAUGGUCUUCAAAAUGGGGUCACACAGCCUGUUGUUGUUUUUUUCUCCCUUCUCUAGUAUAUGUACUGCACAUUAAUUUCUCAUCUUUCUAAUUUCUUGACUGUGGAAAAAGACAUGUGAAUUCAACUGAGAACAGGAUCAUUCAGAGAUAAGCAAUAUAUCCUAUAACCCAAAAGAAAUUAUAUUUUCAUUCUCUCCUGAUAAUGCCAUGAUUGAUAAUGAUGAGGAUGAGGAUGUUAACCAUUCAUUCACGUCCAACUUUUGCCGAUUUUGUGGUUCAGGUCUCUCCACGCCUUCAGAACUUGCACUACUUUUUUGAGUUGUUCGAUGCUCUAUCUCAGAUGUGGUGGCUCAGUGGCUAAGACACUGAGCUUGUCGAUCGAAAGGUCGGCAGUUCAGCCGUUCGAAUCCCUAGUGCCGCGUAAUGGGGUGAGCUCCCGUUACUUGUCCCAGCUUCUGCCAACCUAGCAGUUUGAAAGCACGUAAAAAAUGCAAGUAGAAAAAUAGGGACCACCUUUGGUGGGAAGGUAACAGCGUUCUGUGCGCCUUUGGCGUUUAGUCAUGCCAGCCACAUGACCACGGAGACGUCUUCGGACAGCGCUGGCUCUUCGGCUUUGAAACGGAGAUGAGCACUGCCCCCUAGAGUCGGGAACAGCUAACACAUAUGUGCGAGGGGAACCUUUACCUUUAUGCUCUGGCUGGUAUCAACUUUGAUGAUGUCCAGCCACCGUGUUCUUUGGUGGCCUGGCUUCCUUUUCCCGCUAAGUCUUCCAAACAUAAUUGCUUUCUCUGGUGAAUUCCCCUUUGCCUUGUUCACAGAAUUUUACAUUAGAUCCCAAAUGACAUCUCUUUUCUUUUAAUAUUGCUACCAUGUGGUGUUUUUUUUUUUUAAAGGAUUUGUUUUGACGGUUGGUUGGGGGUUUUGUUACCAGAAAAGAAAAUCUGUAGAAGAUACAUAGCUGGUAGAAGAUAUUUUGGGAAUGAAGAAAGAUUUAUACCCUUGUUGAGUUUGUUUUUAAAUAAUGAAAAAGAGAGCCCAGUAUUUUUUAUAAACAAAUGUGUUCAGUUUCUGACUUAGGCACUCUGGGUGGUCAAGCCACCAUCUAGAGUGAAAUCAACAAACUAUUAAACACCAAAUUUAUUUUUUCCCUUUUGAUUCAAGUUACAAAAUAACCUACCUAUAUUAAGCCUAGCACAUCACAUAUGCUCUGAAGUCUUUCAUUUGGAAGCAGCCUGUUAGCAAGAAGGUGGUGCCUAAGGAUAGCCUCAGUUUAUAAGCAGCAGCAGCAGCAACCUUCGCAUGCUUUUAUUUUUGUUUUAGAAACCUCUUUAUGUGAUUUAAAUGUUGCAUAGUCUAGGCCUUUGCAUUCAUACGGUCGUCUGCUUGUGUUCAUUCUUAGCAGUUCGAUAGUUCUUAAUCUAUGCUCUCCUGAAUUUUUAAUCCGUUUGGAACAUUUCCAUAUGUCCCCAAUUCCCUUCUUGGGAGAUUCUGUGAUCAUCAUAACUCUUUCUAUCCUAGUUCUAUGUUGCCAUCCUUUGCCUCCAAGUUCCUUAUGUCUUUGUAGUUCUGCAUUAGCAUCACAUAUUCAAGGAAACACAGAAGAGUCAACGAGCAGUCCUUUCUGUCUCCUAUUCAUUGGUGGCAUAAGUGGAGAGAUGGCCUGUGUGUGCACACUUAACUGCAGUGGAAAGCCAUAAUGUUCAGCAGAAUACUGUUCUGUCCCCUCCCACGAGUGGCCUUGCAGAGGCUCAAAUAGCCCAGCAGUAACAAAUGCAGGCUAGAGAGAAUGAAGCUGGCCCUUUAAUAAAUAGUUCUCUUCCAAAGCGUAUAUCAGUCCAAUAGUUACCGUGCAAUGUUCCAAAGGUCUUGGCAGAUGGCCAGCAGGCUAAUGCAGGAAUGCAGUCUCUUAUCAGAAAACUCCAAACCAACCGUGGUAAAUCCACUGCAUCCAAAACCCCAACAAAUUGUUCACCACACCUUUCCAGCCCAGUCACACCCCUUUUAUACUUUGUAGGGUGUGGCCCUACAUCUCCUGACCACACCUCUUGGGAUGUGGCAAUAGCUGUUCUCUACGACGUCUCCUACGUCUCUCUCUUGCAUCCAAUAGGGGCUCCUUCUCGGCGUUACCGGCCUCUGUUUCCUCCUCAAUUAGGCUGGGGUCCAGAGGCACGUCAGCAACUGUCAGUUCUUGCUGACUCACCAGUGAAGACGGCCCCUCCGGCACAUAGCUCCGACAGCUUCCUCCUCCUCCUCCAUAUCAUCCUUUGACUCAGCAUGCAAAGAUAAAUCAGCCUCCGGGGCUGGGGUCACAACAAAUACUCUCUUCAGUGGUGGGUUGCUCCCAGUUCUGUCCGGUUCUUGAGAACUGGUAGUAAAAGCAGCGGGACGCUCCGCCCACCCGCCCGGACAUCAUAAGGUACUAUCUGCACAUGGGCAGAAACUUCUGUGCAUGCGCGUUCCCGUUGCGAACCGGUAGUAAAGGUAAGUAGAACCCACCUCUGACUCUCUUGUGAGCUGGACUCCCAACAGGUGCAUGGCACUAUGGAUGGAACUAUGGAAUUCAACUGUAAUAGUUGAAUUCCUGUGUCACACUAACUCACAAGCAAGCCAAUGACCUUGAGUGACCUUUACACAUUGCCGAAAUGGGGUUUGCCUCAUAGGCAAACUCAACUGAUGGUUUGCAAAUCAUGAUUUAUACAUGCAGCCUAUAUUGGCUUGCUCAGCAAACCCUAGAUCAGCACUGUGUGAACACAGCCUAGGUGGCCAAGCGUUAUUUGUGAACCCCUGUGUUAAAGUGGAGCUUAGAUUUUUAAUCAUUGUCACUCAAGCUAUUGGCAAUAACAGCUGUUACCAACAAUAGCUAUUGUCGCUUCCAUGUAUUAAUCUUUUUUAAAUGUAUGCUGUUACGUUCCGUGACAGAGAAAUCCCACAGGUGCAUCAGUAUUAUGCUUAAUUUGUGUGUAUUAGGAUAAUGUGGAGCUUUAUCAAGCCAGUUUUUCUUUGCAAAGAUAAAGGCAGUAGCCAAAGCAGCAACUAAUUUUAUACUACUGCAAAUUAGAGGGAGCCUAAUAUUAGAACGCAGGGCUGCUGUCAUGCUUUCAUGUAAAAGAAACAAAAGGGAGCAUGUUCACAUCAAUUCUGUAAAUUCAAAGAAGGUAGCUUUUAUUUUCCUGGACAAGGUUCACACCUGGCCUUUGAAUGGAACAUUGGGAGCUGCAUUCCUAAGAGGAGAGUGAAACUAGAAUAAAAACCACAUUUCAUUUACAUUUCAAUGUAAUUACCAUUGAAUAUAGGUGCUUGGGGAGAGCCAUAUUGAUUACAUUUAAUUUAAAAGAGUUUAGGGAACCAUGUAUUAAGAAUUUCCCCCUUUUGUCACAUAAAAAUUGCCAUUUAGUAAUAAUGUUUGAAAAUGGGGGGGGAGGAGGGGGGCUUACAGGCAAGGUUUUAAGCCACAGGCGGCAUCAGUUUGUGCAUCUCUUCUGCAAAGAAGCAUUCCUGAAAUCUAAGAUGCUUUAGAAGACUUCAGAAAGAAUGCCAAAUAUUUGUGCUGGUUGCCAAGCACUCAAAUCAUCUUUCCAAGACCUUGUGUUUUUUCCAGAGUUAAGGCAAUGGAAUUGAGCAUUUAGGAUGGCUUUACUCCAGGAAGUUAUGCUUCCUUUGUGCAGUAAUCACCACACCCCAAUAUUUGAAAAACGAUUUUAAAAAACACUUUAAUUUCCCAAUGCAUUGGCUUAUAUUAAGAGCAGAUCAUGGGUUCUCUUUGUCAAGUCCCAUGAACAAAAGUCAGAGGUUUCAAUUCAGUUCCCAGCAUCUCCAGAUAACACUGGAAAAGCUGCUGCCUGAAAUACUGGAAGCCAUUGACUGCUGUCAGUUGUUAAAUUUAUCCACAGUUAACUGGAUCUUGGUUUCUACAACACAUGCACACUAAGCCACAAACAAGCCAAGCACGUUUCAGCCUAAUGGGUAGUGGGAAUUUUACUAGUACCAGAUUAAAGUGAGCCAAUGAUUUGAUGUUAAAAAGGGCAGUUUUUUAUAUUUCUGUGUACACAAAACAACAUUUAAUAGACCAAAAUCUGAAUUAUUCUCUUGGUUUUCUACCCAUGAUUCAUUAUAUGUAGACAUUUCUGACUAAAUCUGGAAUUUGAGGAACUUCAGAGAAAAUGGACAUUUACUUCUGUUGGAUGUUGAUGUUAGAACAAGGGUAUCCAACUUUGGCAAUUCUAAGACCCAUGGACUUUAACUCCCAGAAUUCCCCAGCCAGCUAUGCUGGGUGAGGAAUUCUGGGAGUUGAAGUCCCCAAUUCUUAAAGUUGCCUUGUUUCAGAGGUACCUGCUAGAAGAUGUCUUUCACCCUACUUCAAAACAGAAUGCAGGGACUUGAUCACAGAUCUGUACGCCAUUUUGUCACAUCACGUACAACUGUGUACUUAAAAAGGCUGUGUAAGGUUUCGCAUUCUUGGAAGCUUCUGCACAUUUUCCUGUCUCACCCUCUGACUUUAACCUACAAAUUUGAUCCUCAUUUGCUCUCACUCGUGCAAGCAAAAGGCAAAUGAGUUAUUGAAAACGACUAAUGGUGUUCUUGGAAAAGAACCUUCUCUAUGGAAAGUUAUUUAAGGCUGCCACCUUGUAUCUGAACCAAGAAUAAGUUCCACUGAGCUCAAUGGGAUUUAUUUUGGAAUCACUGUGGAAAGAAAAUACUAGUGGGCACUUUGGGGGUAACCAUUUCACUUAUUCUAUUUUUGAUCCCUGGAUUUCUUAACCAAAAAGAAAAAAAAAGCUAAGCCUUUUCUAUUUAUCUUAUCACUAUAAAUAGAUUUUUAUAGGUAUUUUGAUAACUAUAGAGAGAAGAAAAUGAAUAAGUUGCUUUCUCUCCUUGCUCAUCUGUUCUUUGUGAAGGCCUGAUCUUAAAUCAAGGAUGGGUCAGGCUUGAUGUCUGACAGUUGAUUGCAGGAGAAAAAAAAAUCUUUAUCAUUCUUCUCUUCAUUUUUUAACUAUUCCUUUAAAGAUUAUUUUAUUUUUGCUAAGUGUUUCUUUUUUUUAAGGUGGUUUAUUGUAAAAUACAAACUUAUUUGAAUUCCCUCUGUUAACAGCCUUUCCCCACUUAAAAGUCUUUCGUGGGUUUUGGUGAUCAUGAGAGUUAUACAGGUAGUCCUCAACUUACAAUUACAAUUGAGACCAGAAUUUCUGUUGCUAAGCAAGGCAGUUAUUGAGUUGUGCCCAAUUUUAUGACCUGUUUACUACAGCUGUUAAGUGAAUCACUGCAGUUGUUAAAUGAAACAUGCAGUCAUUAACCGAAUCAACUGUCUCCCAUUGACUUUGCUUGUAGGAAGCUGGCUGGAAAGAAUGCAAAUGGUGAUUCCAAGAAGCUGCAACUGUCAUAAAUUCACACCAGUUCCUAGCGCCCAAGUUUGGAUCACAUAACUUGGGAAAGUUGCCAUGGUUGUGCAGCACAUGUGAAGACCAGUUGCAUGUCACUUUUUUCAGUGCCAUUGUAACUUUGAAUGGUUACUAAACAAAUAGUUGUAAAUUGAGGACUCCUUAUCUUAGUUAACUACCCAUAUCUUCAAGAAUGAUUAGUUUGAAGCUGUAUAACACUGAGAAUGUUUUGGAUCUAAUUAGUGUUGCUAUUCAUAAAAUUAUAUUAGAAUAACUGCAGGACAGAUUUUUAAUAAUGGUUAUCAGAAGUCUGUAAAACAAGUUGAGGUCAAUCGUCCAGAAAUUGUGCCAAUAUUCUUCAAUAUUGCUUCAAAUGCUUCAAAGCAUUGAACAUUUUACACACCUCUAUUUGUUAUCAAAUACUGAAGAAAUAUUAAAGGGAAAAAUCAGGAAAGUUAAUUAAGUGAUGGUCAAUGUAUUUUUAAACAGCUGUGUAUUAUUUUAAAUUCAACCUCAUAAUUCAUAUAGGAACCAUGGCCUUUGAUUUCUUCGAAUCCCAAGAAUGUUCCGUUCACUUUGAAACUGAAUUGAUAUAUUUGAGUAUAUUAUCUUAAUUUCAGACCUGAGUUAUUAAAUUUGCAAGUUCACAGAUUCAUUUAUAACAGUAUCACCCAGCUGAACCAGUGUUACAGUAAACCAUUGUGGAUUUAUUCUUGUAUAAAAUGUUGGCAACAUGGCUGUUUGUAGCAGCAAAGAUCACUCUUUUGCAAUAAUAAAAAUUGGGAAAACCAAACAAA